UGUGUGUACAUUUCAGAACAGCGCACCCCAAAAAGCUCCUCAAAAAAAGCAAACUACUUUUCUUUUUUUCGCCAAAUUUUACGUGCAACUGUCUGUCGUUCUCUCUCAUUUUUUUUCCCCUUUCCCCUUUUCAGAAACAAAAGAAAACCCAACCUCCAAAAUCAAAACUUUGUUAUGGAAAAUGCUCAAAAGGAACACCACCCUGCACUAAUCAUCAACCCCCUUCAGGAUAAAGAGGAAGAAGACAUUGGAUCUGACGAGCCUGAAACUCCUUUGCCUCUAACUGUUACUUCCCGGGUUCUGUACAUGUUGGGUGAUAUUGCGGCGGGGCCCACGUAUAGGUUCACCCAAUGGCUGGAACUGGUUCGUAAACGCAGCGCCAAGCACCGCUACUCUGGCUUCCCCCGCCCUCCUCCGAGGCUUGAUCCUAUGUUUUCUUGUGCGGAAGAAUCAAUUGACGAUUCAAAGGACCCUAUACCUUGUGAGCAAACGCCCGAAAUUAGUCUGUGGGAAAGACUUGGCAAUGCUGCGAUGAUGGACAUCGAAUCGAGUUCCUUCUCUUGGGACAACCUUUCUUCACUUCAUCAUACUGAACAUAGUUGCAGUACUGAACAUUCCGAGGAUGAAAUGAACAAAGCCCUUGAGGUGACUGUGAAUUCUGGGGGAGUUGUCUUCUUUGCCCUUUUCAGCCAGCCUGGUGAUGAUGAUACUUCUCCAAAGGAAGUGGCAGCCGUUUUAAAGUUUUCAUCUUCAAGGAUGGCCACACAAUCUGAACGUCUCGGUUAUGAAUUUGCAAAGUGGCUUGGCGUCCGAACUCCUCAGGCCAGAGUCAUUCAUAAUUCGAGCCCCGAGUGGCUCCAGAUUAAGGAGGCUGCGGAAAGAGCAAGAGAUGCGGCAAGCUCAGAAGGAGAUGAAGUCGGUGAAAUGACUUGCUCAGAGCUAUUGGAGGCACUUGAACUUAGUAGAUGUCUUGUCUUAAUGAGUUAUGUACAUGGAUCACCAUUACUAGAAAGUUCCAAACCAUUUGAGUCGAGGGAAACCGCAGAAAAAACAGCGAAUGCCCUUGGUAGGGUCUUGAUGUUGGACUUGAUCAUCAGGAAUGAAGAUCGGCUCCCUUGCCGUCAGCUCAGGUGGCGUGGAAAUUUUGCAAAUUUGUUACUGGCUGACAAAAUAGCUUCUGAAUACAUGGAUGCGUCAGACGAAGCCUUAGAUUCCGCGAUCAAGCGAUACAGGCCAAAAAUGACUAAAGCUCUUCAAAAAGAUAGAAGGGCAACUUCGGUGGAUAGUAGAUUCAGCCCUCAUAAUUCAGUAUUGGUAUCACAGGCCUCUGAUCUUUCUGACAUAAUCGAGUCACCAAAAUCAAGUGAAAGAAGUCAGGCUUCAGAUGGAUCAACAUUUUCCGACUUCCAAAUUGUGGCCAUUGACUCUGGUGUUCCUCGUCGGCCUCCUGCUGGAAAACGUGCAAAUGACCAGGCGAUUUAUCCCAAGUUGGUUGAGUUACUGCUUAACAGUCCCGAAUACGCGUCUAAUCUGUUGUUUAACAUAACGACAGGGAAAUUAGGGUGUGCUUCAUUACAAGAUGGUGACACAAAUGAUGCAAGACCAGAAACAGUUUCAGUUGUUCACGAGUUUCGAAAUGGAUUCCGUGCUGCUCUCAGGGACAUGCUGGGAUUCCACAUAUUCUUACUGGCACUUCAUCAGAAACUAAUAAGCUUGUUACGGGUAUUUAUGAAUAUCAUAAGCAAAAUUUCUUCGGGAGAGUCUGACAAGGAGGAUCUGGCGGUUCCCGAGUCGCCCUCACAGGCUGCUGUGAAUGUUAAUUGUCCUUCUCCACCAAGUAAGGAACGAUUUGCCAAUGAUAACCAUCUGGAUUUUAGUGAUUCGGAGCAGAGAAGUGCUCCAAGAUCUUUGUCUUCGGGACAUAAAGACAGCACCGAUUGUUGUUCUCCGGUCUCACGUGAUGGUUGGCAUGGAAAACUCUCUAAAGGGAGUAACGAGCCUCAUCGCAGCCUGCGCUUGACAGCGAAGCUCCGUGACUUUCAUAAACUUGCCAAGGUUGACGCUGAAUCAAACAAAGAAUUGGAACAAUGGAAUGAAAUGCUGAGGAAUGAUGCUGUCAAACUUUGCCAGGAUAACAAUUUCAAUACUGGAUUUUUUGAGGGUAGUGACAAUAACUCUGUCAUUGAUGCUUAUGAAUUGAAGGUCAGACUUGAGCACAUUCUUGAGAGGAUCACAUUGAUAUCGGAGGCUGCGAAUACAGAAAGGCCGUCGUCGAUCACAAGUAGCCUGUUCAUUGGUGGUACUCUGGCUGCGAGAUCCAUAUUCACUCUACAGCAUUUGGGAAUCACACAUAUAUUGUGCCUGUGCUGCAAUGAAAUAGGACAGUCAGAUUCUCAAUAUCCCGAUCUGUUCGAGUAUAGGAACUUUUCAAUAAGUGACUGUGAAGAUGCAAACAUAGGUAGUAUCUUUGAUGAAGCUUCAGAUUUUAUUGAUCAUGUUGAGAAAAUAGGUGGGAAGGUUUUAGUUCACUGUUUUGAAGGGAGAAGUAGAAGUGCCACUGUGGUUAUUGCAUACCUAAUGCUCAGAAAAACUUUUACUUUACUAGAAGCAUGGAAUACUCUUAAAAGAGUUCAUCGUCGGGCGCAGCCCAACGACGGCUUUGCAAAGAUCCUUUCAAAUCUCGAUAAGAAGCUGCACGGGAGGGUUUCCAUUGAAUGGCAACAGCGGAAGCCAAUGAUGAAGGUUUGCCCGAUAUGUGGGAAGAAUGCAGGCCUGAGCAGCAGCUCACUCAAGCUUCAUUUGCAGAAAUCUCACAAGAAGCUCUCAUCCGGUAGUGUUGAUAGCGCCAUGACGAUGGAGAUACAAAGGGCUCUAACAGCACUCAAGAUUAGCCGGGGUGGGAGCGUCAGCCCUACUCAGAGGCAAUCCAAAUUUGAUGCGGAUGAUUAGGCAUUGUAAACACUGGUAAUCAUGAAAAUGAUUGUUACUAUUGUUCCAAAAAAAAAAUAAUGGAAUGAAUAGAUUAUCAGUAUAACACAAGCAAAAACAAAUAUGUUCUUAUCACUUCUAUAGGAACUUAAUUAAAAAAAAAAAAAAAAAAUCAAUUGUUA